AUGGAUACUGCUAUUGCGACUACGAGGGCGUCUUCUUCUGGCAAAGUUCUCAUCCUUGGUGGCUACCUCAUCGUUGAGGCCCCUAAUGUUGGGAUCUCCGUCGGCACAACCGCGCGGUUUGAAACACGGCUACUGACGACGCGGGACGCAGCCAAGGGGAAGUGUUGUGUGCGCAUCCAUUCGCCCCAGUUUGGCAAGGAGUUUGCGUUUGAGUGCACGGUCGAGAGCACGCCAGAGCCCGCCGUCUCUGUGGCUCAGACAGAGGGAACUCAUUCCCCCUUCUUACGCUACAGCGUCUUGUAUACCGUGGCUGCGGCAAUUUCGCAGGGUGGAAAUGUUUUCAAGGAGUUAACAUUGGAGCUUCUUGCUGAUAAUGACUUUUACAGUCAAAGAAACUACUUGGAGUCACAGGGAAAGGAAGUCACCGCGGCCAACUUGCGUUUGCUUCCCCCGCACCUGCCUCUCGUUGGUGAUGUAUCCAAGACAGGACUGGGUUCCUCGGCUGCAAUGACAACCAGCAUGGUGGCAUGUCUAUACCGUUUGCUUACCGCCCAAAGCAGCAGUGAUAACCAUGAAAAUAAUACCACGGCAAAAACCGACACUUCAGCGGAGAAGGAGAUUGUGCACCGCGUUGCUCAAGUAGCUCAUAGUGUGGCUCAGGGAAAAAUUGGAAGUGGCUUCGACGUUUACACAGCAGCAUACGGAACCUGUGCGUACCGCCGCUUUCCGGCACAAUUUGUUGAGAGUGUUAUGAGUACCAACGAGUCUCCCUCGAACGUGGUGGUGUCAACGCUUGCGGACUGUGUAAAUAUGGAGAAGGAGUGGGUGAAGCGCGUUCCUUUCCAUCUUCCCCUUGGGCUGAAGCUGCUGUUGGGAGAUGUUCACCAGGGUGGCUCAGGCACGCCGGGAAUGGUUUCCAAGGUAAUGGCAUGGCGGAAUUCUGUUGCCGACAAUCCAUAUAAUCUAUGGGAACAGCUCCGAGAGAACAAUGAGAAGUACGUGGCAUCACUAAAGGCGCUGAUUCUACAGGCUGAUGAAAAGACAGUGGAACAUGUGAACUCAGUCGAUGUCUUGAAGCAUGUUGUGCUUGCUCAGCAUAUUCCCCAAAACGAUGCCGAACGACUUUGGGUGGAGGCGGCGACCUACGCCUCGAAGAGUCGACGUUAUUUGCGUGAAAUGGGCCAGGCUGCUUCUGUGGAGAUUGAGCCGAAUAAGUUGACCGCCUUGCUUGAUGCCACGUGCGCAAUUCCUGGUGUUUUUGCCGUGGGAUGUCCCGGGGCAGGGGGUUACGAUGCCGUAUUUGCCCUGGUGUUCGGCGACGAGACCUGCACAUCUGUCGAGUCGUUUUGGGAAGAAUAUACGGCUAUGCGUGUUUGCCCAUUGCUGGUGCGCGAGGAUGCCGCUGGACUUCUUUUUUCUGAAGAGAAGUAG